AUGGGCAAAGCAUGUGCUGCGGCCUUGGGCAUCUACGCCUUGGCAGACCUCUCCUUCCUCCGGCUGCCGGGGCCGCCGCGAGCGCGCUCGUGGCCUUUGGGUCGCCGGGCAGAGGCGUCUGGAGUGCCAGCCUCCUAUGCGGAGCAGUUCGCCGGUGUUUUGCCGGACGACUUCUCAUGGGAGGAGUUUGUGGAGGCCUCCAAGCGGCCACUACGGCCCUGUGUCCGGGUAAACCUGCUGAAAGGCACAGUGCAAAGUGUUGAGCGCUUGGGAUCCCACCAUGCGUGGCGCCUGAGUGAAGCAGUGCCUUAG